AUGGCACCAAACGACAAGCCUUGGGCCAAGGCCCUCUUGAAGUUCCCUGGCCUGGACUUCAAGAUCGACGAUGAUGCCCCCCUCUUCAAUCGCCGCCUUAAUUCAGCUUACCUGAAAAUGUUUGCGAACAAAAAAACGCACCCCGGCAACACCGCCAUGCUCAAAAUCCAGGAGCACAUCGCCAGUCGCGGAAACGUCUUUUUUCGCCGCGUCAUUGAGCUUAGCCUUUCGGGCUCGCAUACCAAGCGCGGUGCACUUUAUGUUGCUACUCUCACCGACCUCGCUGAAGAUUCGCGCCUCUCUGCCUCCUGGAAUGGCGAGGUCCAGCACGAUUCAUUGAUUCUCGUCAUGGAUAUCAUCGUCCAGGCGCGCAUCCAGUACCUGAACGUCACGGGAUCCACCAAUGACAAGGAGCCUCCUCGCAUCGUUGGCACCUUCAUUGCCACUCUUGAUGAGUGGAUCGCAGUCAUCGAUGCGGGCGAGCAGAAGGCUGCCACUGCCUCCGACACGCGCCCUCCCGGUAACGAGUUCUCGCUGCCUUAUCGCCCCAACCCCGCGAAGGCUUCUGAGUCAGCCAAGCCGAAGCAGGUCAAGCUUGCUCAGGAGAUCCGCUCCCCCGAUGGGAACAAGCGCCGAAUUGAGGAGAUGAAGGCCAAGAUUCGUGACCUUGAGUCCAAUAUUGAGGACCAUCGCUCCAAGAAGGAGUCUCUCGAAACCGCCCAUGAGACUCUCCGCGAGGAGCUCGUUGAGGCGCAGAAUGCCCGACGAAGAAUUUGGUGA